AUGGCGAAUUCCAACGAAAGUGCUUCUCAUGACGCGGAAUUUAUGUUUCGGAACGGAUUCCUUUCAGAAGUUAAUAAUGAGAAGCCUUUGGGCGCCCCUGGCGUCGACCAGAUUAUCACCCGUUUCCCACCAGAACCAAAUGGAUUUCUCCACCUAGGACACAGUAAAGCAAUCGCCAUCAACUUCGGAUUCGCAAAGCACCAUGGUGGAAUUUGCUAUUUGCGUUAUGACGAUACCAACCCCGCCAAAGAGGAAGAGAAAUAUUUUACGGCUAUUUCAGAUAUCAUUCAAUGGCUAGGCUUCACCCCUGUGAAGGUAACAUAUUCGAGUGAUUAUUUUAACCGCCUCUAUAAGCUCGCAGAGGACCUGAUCCGCCGAGACGGUGCAUAUUUGGUUAAUCUUUUUUCACCUUCAGAAAGCGAAAUCGCCCUACAACGUGGUGGUGGUAAAGGUGCCACUCCUCGCUUUGCCUGCAGUCAUAGAAAUCGACCAAUUGAGGAAUCACUGGCAGAGUUUAGAGCGAUGCAGGAUGGAAAGUAUGGACCUCAGGAAGCUUUACUGAGAAUGAAGCAAGAUUUAGAAUCCGAGAACCCUCAAAUGUGGGAUUUAACUGCCUAUCGUGUGAUCCAACCCAAGAGAGGGGAUACUAGCAAGGAGGAAACCCCAGACAGCAAGGCAGGAAUCCACUAUCGUACUGGGGACAAAUGGAGAAUUUAUCCAACAUAUGACUUUACUCAUUGCUUGGUGGAUAGUUUGGAAGGCAUCACGCACUCUCUCUGCACGACUGAAUUUGAGCAGUCGAGAACUUCCUACAAUUGGCUGUGUGACAAGCUGGAAGUCUAUAGGCCAAUGCAAAGAGAAUAUGGCCGGCUGAACCUCUCUGGUACAGUCUUGUCGAAACGAAAGAUCAUGAAUCUUAUUGAAAAUGGUCAUGUUCGAGAUUGGGAUGACCCACGCCUGUACACGCUUAUUGCUCUUCGACGCCGAGGCAUCCCACCCGGAGCACUCCUUUCAUUUGUUGGUGGGCUGGGAGUAUCCAAAGCUACGACGACUAUUGGUAUCAAGAGGUUCGAACAGUCUAUUCGACAACACCUGGAAUUGACUGUACCUCGCUUGAUGGUUGUUCUUGAUCCAAUCCCCGUCAUUAUUGAUGGUCUUCCGAAUGAUUACUUAGAGAUGGUGGAAAUUCCAUUUUCAAAAGACCCAAAAUUCGGCUCACGUCAUGUUCCAUUCACUGGAACAGUCUACAUUGAUCGAGCCGAUUUCCGCGAGACGGCUAGCGAAGACUUUUUCCGACUCACUCCUGGCACAUCAGUUGGCUUGCUUAAAGUCCCUUUUCCUAUAACUGCAACUAGUUUUGAGAAAGAUUCAGAUAGCGGACUUGUUACAUUGAUACAUGCGAAAUAUGAUAAGCCUGAAGAAGGCACUAACUACAUCCACUGGAUCUCCGACUGUCCAUCAUUUAACAGCCCUAUCAAGGCAUCGGUCCGCAUUCAUAAUCCUCUGUUUACUUGCGAUAAUCCAGAUACGCAUCCAUCUGGUUUUCUUUCGGUUGUAAAUCCUCGCUCCGAGGAGGUCUUUCCGGGCGCUAUGGUCGAGAUCGGCCUCCACGAAGUCAGGCGUACAGCGCCAUGGCCAAAAUCUGAAGGCGAGAAAGAGUCGGAAGAUUCACAAAAAUCUCCAGAUUGUGUUCGAUUCCAAGGGAUGCGCGUAGCAUAUUUCUGUCUAGAUCGUGAUAGCUCCGCUGGUUCGAUCGUCCUGAACAGGAUUGUGUCGCUUAAAGAAGACUCAAAGAAGUGA